AAGGUGGUAGAAGAAAAGAUGAAGAAAAAAAUAGCUAAGAAGACUGGUGAAGUGGAGACCCGAAAACAGAAAGUGCUGCAGAUAGAGGAGGAUGAACGCAAGCUGCAGGAGCUACUGCAGAAGAGGAGAGAGGAUGAACAGCAGGACAAAGGGAGGAAGAUUGCGGAGCUGAAGAAACUGGCAGAGCAGCAACAGGUGGAACAGGCAAAGGAGAGGAGUCACAAACAGCAAGAGAAGGGGAAGGCCCUUCACCUGCAGAUGGAGCUGGCAGUGGUUACAGAGGAGGAGGAAAACCAAAAGAAGGAGGAACAGAGUCCAGAAGAGCAGGAAUGGCAGCAACCACGGGAAAAUAAAACCAAGCCACCAGAAUCUGUUGCUAUUGUUCCCAGUAAAUGGCUGAAUAUAACAGUGGAGAAAUCUCCUGUCUCUGACUCCUAUCAAGGGCCCCCUUUAGGAUCAAAAGAACACAGAUUCCCCAAGGUAAAUCCAAAUAACUAUGGGCUGGAUCUGAACAGUGAUGACUCCACAGAUGAUGAAAGCCAGCCCCGCAAGCCCAUCCCUGUCUGGGCCACUGGAGCUCAGCUUAAUCAAGCGGUUACAUACCAAUACUACAACCCUCCAAAUAUCGAGACACUCUUUGGGCUGAUCAUAAGCCCUAAACUGGAGGACAUUUUCUACAAGAACAAGCCGCGAUAUUUCAAACGCACCAGCUCUGCUGUCUGGCACUCACCACCCCUUCCCGGUACCAAGUCUACACUGGGCCUGCCCUACAACCUGAAAAAGUACUGAGGAAGGAGAAUGUCCCUCUUCUGUCCACCUGCCGUUUCAACGUUGUUCUGGUUUUUGUGUAAAGAAAAAAAAUCUUUUCUAAGAUCUGUUUUUUUUAAUAUUUGCAUAGAAUAAAAGCUUUAAAAUAAUCAGGGCCACCUUCCUUCCUGUCUGGGGUGGGUUUUUGUUGACACUUCGAGAUGUGCUGUGGGGAAGAGCAGAGGCUUACUAAACUAAAGCACUGCCCCCUCAGUGUCACUUUACUUCCUUCUAUGCCCUCUCCCUUAUGUGUACACAUGGUGUUGUGUGGCACUUGAGAACCCCUGUCUGAUUGUAUGUCUCUAGAUGGCAGUGCAGAUGUUCUGAAUGGACAACUGACAGCAUUACGUAGCUUAUCUUUUUGGAGUAAGCUAAAUGCCCAAAUAAAAGAGCUGCAUGGAAGAUUAUAUCUCAGAUGAGUAGGACUUUCUGUCUUCAUGGCCUGAGCUCUUCACUUGCUCCUUAGUAGUUAAAAUGUACGGCUUUUAUAGUGCCCUCUAACUUUUGAUCUGAAAUCUUCAUGCUUGGUCUUAGGCUGGAAGUGACUUUUAUUUGGACUGUUUGAUAUGCCUGAAUGGAUUUUUAUCACCCAGUGUUUUGUGUA